GGGAGGAAGAGUUCCUGAUGCUGUGGGAAUGCGAGCUGUGCUCUGUAAACAGCUGGUGACUCACUGCAUAACUAUGGCACCAAGUGCCUGCGCUGCGUGCAGGGAGGGGGCUGCCGGCCGCUUCCUUUACGCACUGGCAGUGCUCGGCUCCCCUCGGCCCGUCCGAGCUUUUCCUUCCUCCUCCGUGCCUGCAUGGACGUAGGGGUGGGCGGCGGAGGGGAAGCGAUGAGGAGGAGGAGGAGGACGGCCAGAGGGCAGCGCUGAGGUCUGAAGGCAGAGCCUGGCGCAGGUCAGCGGGUUGCCGGGCGAUGGAGGGGUCUGUGGGGCCUGCGGGACUGGUGCCAUAAGGGAGGGGCUGCUAGAGCCGUGCGUGGGGAGGAGAGCAGCGCGGGGCUCGGGGAAGCGCUGUGCGCUGGUUGCUCCGAGCUCCAUUCAUCACGGAGCAGGGCUGGGGCGCGCGGCUGUCCUUGGCCCUCCUCUGGUGGGUGCGCGGCUCUGGGCUGUCUCGGGCUGAAAAAUGGAGGAGGAACCUAAAUACACGCCCCGAUAGAUAGCCGGGGUGGUGUCCUGUAGCCCCGCAGCCCACCUUGGCACCCUGCUGCCUCCGCCCCCCGUUCACAGCUAUGAAUGAGUUUGUUUACUCUCCGCCGACUUGGUGAUGUCUUUGCACAGACAUGACCUGAAGUCAUUAUUGCUUUUGGGCUUCUCUGUUGCCAUGACGACUGUCUCGGGGUUGGCUACUUUCCCAAGGUCACCAUGGCAACUAUCAGACGGGAAUCAUGCUUGGGAUGCUUUGGCUGGAUUUUUCAUGAAUGAUUAGGAUGUGUGACACGACGCAGACGUGAAAAUGGGGAGGGUUCGGGCCCGGCCGGGUGGGGGAGAGAGAAGGAGAGGACUCCGGCAGACAGACGCGGUGCCGCCGGCUGCGCAGCCCUCGGAGCCGCGCGUCGGGGGGGGACCGGCGCGGCGUGGAGCCCUCCCCGGCGGGGAGCGACGGGCGGAGGCGGUGAUGGUGGCACGGCUGCGCCCGCCUCUCCCGGGUUGCAAUUUCUGAGCAGUUUUGUCCAGAAGACUGUGCUCAGGUUAUGACGACUAAUCCCAAACCGAACAAGGCAUUAAAGGUAAAGGAGGAGUCGGGAGAGAAUGCCCCAGUGCUGAGCGAUGAUGAACUCGUGUCAAUGUCCGUACGGGAGCUGAACCAGCACCUGCGGGGUCUCACCAAAGAGGAGGUCAUCCGUCUGAAGCAGCGGAGGCGCACGCUGAAAAACCGGGGCUACGCCGCCAGCUGCCGCAUCAAGCGCGUGACUCAGAAAGAGGAGCUCGAGAGGCAGCGGGUUGAGCUGCAGCAAGAGGUGGAGAAGCUGGCCAGAGAAAACAGCAGCAUGAAGCUAGAGCUGGACGCCUUGCGCUCCAAGUACGAAGCACUCCAGACCUUUGCUCGUACUGUGGCGCGAGGGCCUAUUACCCCGACCAAAGUUGCCACCACCAGUGUCAUCACCAUCGUGAAAUCAGCCGAAAUCUCGUCCAGUUCCGUGCCGUUUUCAGCAGCGUCCUAGUGCCCUCGGUGGGGGAACUAGCAGCCUUUCAGAGGGGGUGGGAGGAGGCUCUUAUGCAUUGUUCCGGAGUCCUUGGUCACGUCAAGAAUUGGCAUCUUAAACAACUCUCUUCCAAAAGUGCAAAAAAAAAAAAAAAAAAAAAAAAAAAAAAAAAAAAAAAAAAAAAAAAAAAAAAAAAA